UCAUUUGCACUGAGAUACUUUUGCAUAACAAAGGAGACCAUAUAGUUAAGCAGCAUCUCAGAAGAAAUGGAAAAUUUUUCCCUGUUGACAAUCUCUGGGCCACGAUUCCCUAGCUUUGCCCUGAAGAGCAUACCUGAUUUGACAUGCCCUAUACACACAGCCAGCUUGCCAGACUGCCUCCUUACAGAAAUGCAGAGCAAUGAGCCCCUGAGACGGAACUGCACCAUCUAUCGGCCCUGGUAUUCUCCUUACAGCUACUUUGUGUGCAUGGACAAAGACAGUCAGGUGAACUCCUGCAGUCUUCCAGACACGCUCAGAGGCAAUGGCAGAGAAGGCCCCUCAGAUGCUCGCCAAGCUGAAGAGAUUCCAGACAGCAUCUCUUCUUCCUCUGGCUCCCUGGAGAAAGGUUAUCCCCAGUACAGCAGCAGUAGUGGCAGGAAGACGAGGAUUGCUAGUGAGGCCAAGGACUGCAUUACUUCUCAGGACAUCCUCUUGGCUUCCAAGUGGCAGCCCCUGCAGCAGAACGGCUACAAAUGCAUGGCCUGCUGCCGCAUGUUCCCUACUCUGCACUCCCUCAAGACCCACAUCAAAUGCGGAUCCAAGGAGGGCUUCAGCUGCAAGGUCUAUUACCACAAGAUCAAAGCCCUGUGCGAGAAAGAACACAAAUGCCGGUCCAGCAGUCGCCCAGCAGGCAGUGGCAGCAGCAGCAGCAGCAAAAUGCUCAAGUAGCCCUGCCUGUGUGUGGGAAGCACAAUCGCCAUCAGACAUCUGCUCCUGGACUCCCAGCAAAACAAGAAUAAAGCAAAUUAUUGAUGUCACUCGAGACUUU